UGUAUACUCAUGAUGUACUUCACUGACAUAUUUUUAUAAAGAAAAUUCAACAGGAAAUAUGAUUUUUAUGGUGAGUUUUUCCUAUUUAGUGAGCAAGCAUACCAGAUGGCGGCCAUUUAAUCCAUAGGCAAUCCAAAUACGAGAUGUCAAAUGUCAAUAGAUUGCUUUUGAAUGACAUUACACACGCCAUUAUUUCAAAUGAUAUUCUUCCUUCUUUUCACUAAAUUAGGAUAAAUCACAAGAAAAUCAUAUUUCUAGUGGACUCAAUAAAUGAAAAAAAAUGUGGCUUACAUUGUGAUAUAUAUAAAUUGUCCAUUGAUGGAAAAAGAAGGUUCUGAUAUCCUGUCGAUUAUUAUUCUCCAUUGUAUAAAAAAUGUGUAAACUUCGAAUGGUAUAGUAAGGUCCACAGACUUCAUGGUAAAUAAUAAACAACGCUGAAUAUUGGUGACUGUUCGAGUAUAUGAUGUAUCACAGUGUGGGGAAUCAUUGUGUCAGCAGCGAAGUGAUUAUACGAAAGUUUAAUUAAGCACUUCCAGCAGUCGAUGAUGUGGUUGCGUUGGAAGCCAGAGUAUUGGAUGUAGUAUGCGGGAACUGUUUGCAGGCAGUCGUAUAAGUUGUCACAUGCCAUGUCUCAUGUCACCUGUCAUUUCUUUUCAUUCAAGUUUGUGUAGCACUAGAACAAAAUGAAGUUCAACAAAUUGGUGACUGCGUCGAGGAACAAAAACCGUAAACGACAUUUCACCGCCCCAUCUCACAUCAGAAGGGUGCUUAUGUCGGCACCCUUGUCUAAGGAACUUCGUCAGAAAUACAAUGUUUCCACUAUGCCCAUCCGUAAAGAUGAUGAAGUACAGGUAGUUAGAGGACAUUAUAAGGGACAACAAGUUGGUAAAGUUAUUCAGGUGUACAGAAAGAAAUUCAUCAUCUAUAUUGAGAGAAUCCAAAGGGAAAAAGCAAAUGGUGCAAGUGUAUAUGUUGGAAUCCACCCAUCCAAGGUAGUGAUCGUGAAACUCAAGAUGGACAAAGAUAGGAAAACAAUCAUUGACCGCAGGGCGAAAGGACGUUUGGCUGCUCUUGGCAAGGACAAGGGCAAAUACACUGAGGAAUCUGCUGCUUCUGCUGUAGAAACUCCUUGAAUUUUUUAUGUUUUGACAUAUAAUUAAUAAUAUUUCAUAAUAAAUCAAGUAAUAAAUUAUUAUUACAGCAUUGCCU